AUGAAUGAGGAGCUUCAGAGCAACGUAGUUGUAUCAGAAGGGGACGGUUUUCCGGAUCCCGAUGACAACUCCAGUGCCGGUGGCUUAGAAAGGGCCACGCAGCUCGGCUCCACAAACGGAGACAGUAUUGAACAACACUACGGCGAAAACGACGACGAAGCUGGAGAAGACUACGAUGGCGCAGAAGAUGAUGAAAGCGGCUUUGGCUCGGGCUCGGGCUCCGACCUAGGGCGAGACGAUGACGAAGAUGACGGCUACGACUCUGAGAGCGCAGGCGACGACGAAGACGAGCACCUGGAAGGCCCUGGCUUGGCGAAGCGCGGCCCGAGAAUCAAGAACGAGGACGGUGAUGAGGAUGAGGACGAAGAAGAAGACGAAGAAGAAGAAGAAGACGACGAGGAUGCCGAACUGGACGCCGACGCCGAUAUCAUCGAGGAUGCAGAAGGUGUCGGCGCUGUCAAGAUUCGCCCCGGCGAGACAGACGACGAAGACGAUAGCGUAAUCAGCGCCGGGGACACCCAGUCGAGUGACGAGGACUGGGAUGAGAAUGCGGCAAUUAUAGAGGAGGACGAGGAGGAAGGAGGUGGUGUGGAAGAGGACGGAGCAUUUGGAACGUGUGUGUUCUGCAAUCAAGACGAGGAGCACGGACCGAACGAAGGCGUCGAGGCUUUCCUUUCAUGCUCUCACUGCGUGGGAAGUGCCCACGAAGAAUGCGCCCACGAGCAUGGAUUUUCCACGCAGGACGGGGAGACGUGGAGAUGCCCGGACUGCGUCGCAGAAACCGAGCGCGGGUCGGUUGUGGAGGACAUCAUGGACAUCGAUGGAGACGGAGGGGCCAACGGUGUUCACGCUGACAUGCCGGCCUUGGCAACCCCAAAGCUGUCACCGGCACCGCAAGGUACAAGCGUCAGUGUGGAGUCUCGUCCGGAGGAUCAUUCAAGCAGUGUUCCUCGAUCUCUGCGUAAACGAAGAUCAUCUCCUAUUGAGGUUGAUGAGGGCGGCAUGUUAUUGCGCAAGCGCAGAAAGAACAUAGCCGAGGACCUGAGCGUUGAUGACAACGGAAGACCGUUGGACUCGGCUACACCAUCUUCUGCUAGGUCGCUGCGGGUAAAGCCGACAUCAUCCUUGGUGUCGAUUGAGAAAAGGACAAGGACCAGCCUCAUCCUCAAGAUACGGGUGAAUGGAGCAGAGCUCCGCAAAAUCUUCACAAAGCGUCGGAAGUACACAAGAAAGGGUCAGAACAAGGCCGAGACGACUCCCAGGCCGGGCAGUGCGCGGAGUGCGGUGCACGUUGGCCUGGUUGCUGGCGCACCACCUAUAAUUACCAGCACCCUCAUACAACCGUUCUAUUCCUUCUUUGACAAGGAGACAGAGGAGCUCAAAGGAAAGCCGUACGGGGGAAUACUCACAGAGGCCGAGGCUGAGACAACACGGACGUUUCCAGCUGCGGAAGACAGAAGAAAAUUUGGCGAGGCCAAGCAACAAGCCGAGGAAGAACGACAAGUCCGGCUAUUGGUAACGCAAGCGGAAGCGGAGGCGCCCAAGAAGAAGCCCAAGAAAGCAGUGGACCCGGCCAGCCAAAUUGAGUGCAUCGAGUUUGGCGGCUGGGAAAUUGGCACGUGGUAUGCGGCUCCAUACCCAGAGGAGUACAGCAGGAACCAGGUCCUCUAUAUCUGCGAGUUCUGCCUCAAGUACAUGAACUCGGACUAUGUUGCGUGGCGGCACAAGCUCAAAUGUCCAGCGAAGCAUCCGCCAGGAGACGAAAUCUACCGGCACAAGUCCGUCUCGGUCUUCGAGGUGGACGGCCGCAAGAACCCGGUCUACUGCCAGAACCUGUGCCUCUUGGCGAAGCUAUUCCUUGGCUCCAAGACGCUGUACUACGACGUGGAGCCGUUCCUCUUUUACGUGCUGUGCGAAUACGACGAACUUGGGUACCAUUUUGUGGGGUAUUUCUCGAAAGAGAAGCGUGCCAGCAGCCAGAACAACGUCAGCUGUAUUCUCACGCUGCCAAUCCACCAGCGCAAAGGGUACGGAAAUCUUCUUAUCGACUUCUCUUAUCUUCUGACGCGGGCCGAGAAAAAGACGGGGUCUCCGGAGAAGCCCCUUUCUGACAUGGGUCUGGUGUCCUACCGAAACUAUUGGAGACUGGUGAUGUGUCGCUAUCUCCUUGGGGCCAUGACGGAGAGCAAGACGGACAAGCUGGGACUGUCCAUCAAACGGAUCUCCGACGAGACGGGAAUGACGGCCGACGACGUCAUUUCGGCGCUGGAAGGCCUUCGCUGUCUCGUGCGCGACCCACAAACGGGUUUAUACGCAUUUCGAGUGGAUCUGCCCUACUGCCGCGAAUACGUCGCCAAAUGGGAGGCAAAGAACUAUGUGACGCUGAACCCCGACGCGCUGACGUGGACGCCAUACGUGAUGGGCCGUGGUAACGCGACAAACUUCGAGCUGGGACCGGCCCUGACUGCCAUCGCACCGCGAGAUGAGGAUGACGAGCCGAAGUCGGCCAACGAGUUUAUCGCAAGGCUGGUCAAUGGCAUGGACAGAUCGGCCGAAGUGAAACGUGCUGGUGGAGAUGCUGAAGAGGAAACAAAACCGUUGGACGAGAUGGAGCAUGGCCAAGCGACGACUGUCCUGGAAUCCACGGAGCCCAACGAAAACGGACCCGGAGCAGUUCUUGGAAGCAACGGAUGCCCUCAGCAUGAGAGCACAGAGGAUCAAUGUGCCAGUAUGGCUAUCCGAAGCAUCGAACCAUCCCAGUCUGUUGGUGGCGACGGUUCUCCAUCCGACGGAACACGAGAGGGGAAAUCUUGCUCCAUGGACAGCAAGGAUCCACUGGAUGCAGAGAGUUAUAGUGCGGGCAAGGUACGGACAUCGAUGUCUGCAGACGACUGGACAGCACCAUAUGCAGACGUGCCGGCCACUCGGUUUGUAGUGUUCCCGCCUAUAUCGGCACGCCGGUUCAACUACGCGCGGACUACGAUUGGGAGGCCAUCUGCACCUCGGAUCAGCAACAACGGGGUGAGAGGAAGAAGCCGGUACGGAUCGAACAGCAUCCGGCGACUGACGGUGUCCCGACCGAAAACGAACUCGACGCGGAAGAAGUCGGGAGGCACCGGUCGAGGACCUGGCCGUUGGCCCAAGGGGACGAAGAAAAGCGAUUAUGGAAACGCCGACAGCGGCCCUGGUCUUCCGCCAGCGUGGAUUGCCGAGAGACAGGCGCGGCAGACGACGUCGACAACGGCUGAGCCUGCGUCACUGAAUGGCAAAGAGCCCAUGGCCGAAGGGGAUGCUGUGGCCGUUGCGACUUUGAUGCUGCCGACAGUAACAAAGGAGGAGGAUAUGGACGAGCCGCCCGCAGAGGACACCGUGCAAGUCCACACGCCUCCAGCCAAGAUGCGGAACGGGCUGAGUGCUCCGAGCGUAUCGUCGAAGAGCAGGUCGUCACCGCGGCUAGGCAAAGGCAAGGGGCUGUUGCAGGAGAGCGAGGACACGGUGAUGGUAGGUGUCGAAGAGGACGAGUGA